AUGCUUUCUGCCCACAUUCCGCUCCUCUCCAUUGUGCGGAACCAAUGGGCUCCGGUGCAGGUGGCUUGGCGGGAAUUGACUGGCGAUUCUGCCCCCGACUGGAAUGGUGAUCUAUUAUUCAUGGGUCGCCACGAGGCGCCUGGAACAGCAUGCUGGCGGGACAAUGUGAAAACGUCGCGUCCUGCCAACGGCCAUUCUUUGUUCUCGAGAGCGAAUCGCCCGACCGUCACAAAGACCGUCACCAUCCUCGAGACGGCCGUGUCGGAUUGCCCUGCUCCCAAGUAUACCGUCUGCCCCGAUGAAGACUUCUUUACUCUAGUCAUCUCCAGCACCAGUCUCCGCACUAUAUUGGAAACGCCCUCGACGAUUGUCUACAACGUGUCAAACACUGUCGAGGUGGUGACGAGGACUAUAACCGACACCGCGACCAUCUGCUCGCUGCCGUCGCUUACAAGCGUCGAGCCCCAAACCUCGGGUGUUCUCAAUACCGAACUUGGCGAAGAAGGCCAGCCUACUCAGGCGCCUCUUCUCACUAAUUCGAUUCCUACCCUGUCGUCUCUACCAACCUUCCCAAGCACCGACUCUGUAGCUUCUGCAGAGGCUACACCAACGGCACAGUCGUCGAGCACAGUCUUCAACAAGGUUGACUUCACCUCUGCACCUAUUGGUGCACCUUUUCAGCUACCUAAUUCUACCGUCGCAACUACAAGCCUCACCACCUCAAGUUCAAGCUCGACAAGUCUAAACACAACACAGUCCCUUGCCAAUACAACUUCGGCUCAAGAGGAUUGGAACUCUGCAGACAUGGACUUGGCAAACAUCUUUGCCGCUCCCAUUGACAUCAAGCCGCUGCCGCGUCAAUUCUCGUCCCGGCCCGAUCAUCCGGUCCCCCGCACCGGCAUCCAGACCCAAGGCCCGCUUCAGACCAACAAGUUCUACUCCAACCUCUUCCUGGGAAAUCAAAGGGAUCCCGUCUUCACUUAUCCCUACUCGGUGUCAUGGGUCGACGGUACGGGAGUUAGCGGGAGCUAUGGCAUGGCUGUCUCGCACAUCGACGAGAAGCAGCGUGUCUUUGGACCGCCCAAGUUUGACGGCUCGGCGUCCUACUUUAUUAACCCGAUCGGUAUCCACUCCAUGAUUAUCUCUGCAAGAGAACUUUCGAAAGGGACGAAGAUGACGCUGGACAGCAUGACCGCAUCGUCGAUUCGGGCUCAUCUGAGCUCAAGCGACUCGUCGGCACCACUCAUCUCCUUCCCUCUUGUUCAGGGCAUGGCCUACAUCACGGCCGAAUACAACGGAGCGACGCCCCUUUUGCAGACUGGAGUAUUUUUCCGAAAUGUUACUCGGUCCACGCAGAAGCCAAAAAAGGACGUCACCAGAUACAGCUUUGUUCUGGAGGAUGGCACGACAUGGCGUGUGUAUGGCUACAAGACGAAAGGAGAUGACCUAGAUUUGCAGGUCCUCAAUAACGGAGUGGCCACGUCGUCGAAGCCUUUCUACGGAAUUCUUCAAGUUGUCAAGGAAUCUACGACAACUAACUCGGACGAGGAAAGCAAGCUUCUGGAUCAGGGCGCUGGUAUCUACCCUACAAGCAUGACCCUUGAUGGCAGUGUGAAAGGCGCUGUUGGAAGCUACCAAUUCACCUUUGACAAGAGCGGCCACCAGGAUGGUGAGCUUCUAAUGUUUGCACUGCCUCAUCAUGUGCAAUCAUUUGACAAAGCCACACUUGGCCAACAGGCAAAGGGCGUUUCACUCAUGACACCUACCAAAGGUAGUGCCGCACUGGUGCAAGGUACAAAGUGGAACAUGAUAGAACCGGCCAUGCCCGUCAAGCUCGGUUUUGAUCCUUAUGAUGCGCAAAAGGGCAGCCUGAACAAGCUCUCGGACAGCGCAAAGUCGACCAUCAAGGCCGCCGCCUCCAAGGAAAUCCUCCAAGACAUGAUAGCGGCGAGCGACCUUGACUCAAUGUACUUUAGUGGAAAGGCGCUGGCCAAGUAUGCAUUUAUGCUCUACAUCAUCAACGACAUGCUUGGAGAGACGAAGCUUGCGCAGACUGGGCUGGGGCAGUUGAAGACUGCCUUUGCAAGAUUCGCCGACAACAAGCAAAAAUUCCCGUUGGUCCACGAAACCGCCUGGGGCGGCGUUGUAUCGUCUGGAGCCUACAAGACUGGGCAGGCACUGGAAGACUUUGGCAACACGUAUUACAACGACCACCACUUCCACUACGGUUACCAUAUUCUGGCGGCGGCCGUGAUUGGACACUUGGACAAGACGUGGGUGGCCAAGAACAAGGACUAUGUCAACAUGCUAGCACGAGACACCUCGAACCCGAGCUCCAAGGAUACCGUGUUCCCGGAGUGGCGGUCGUUUGACUGGUAUCAUGGACACAGCUGGGCGACCGGCCUGUACGCGUCGCUGGACGGCAAGAACCAGGAAUCGAGCUCGGAGGAUAUGAUGCAUGCGUAUGGCUUGAAGAUGUGGGGUAAGGUGUCGAGGAAUGCACCCCUUGAAGCUCGAGCCAACUUGCAGCUGGCCAUUACAGCACGAAGCUUGCAGCAGUACUAUCUGUAUGAGGCGGAGAACACGAUUCAGCCGGGAAGCUUUAUCGGAAACAAGGUUGCGGGUAUCUUGUUUGAGAACAAGAUUGACCACACCACGUUCUUUGGCAACCAGAUUGAAUUUAUCCAGGGCAUUCACAUGAUUCCGAUCUUGCCGGUGACGACAGUGGCGCGCACGUCCAAGUUUGUCAAGGAGGAGUGGGAGGCGUUCUUCAGCAACGGGAGACUGGACCUCAUCGACAAUGGUUGGAAGUCUAUCUUGCUUGGCAACCUGGCGACGAUCGAGCCCAAGCAGGCGUUUGCGGUGCUAAGCGAGAAGAACUUUGACAGCAAGUGGCUGGAUGGAGGCGUCUCGCUGACAUGGUUGUUGGCGUAUUCUGCUGCUCUCGGCGGAUUGUAA